UUGAAUUUCUUAGACAGUUGGUUUAUCAAACUCUUGCUACCUUCUUUAUGUCCAUUUUUCUCUCCAAAAAUCCCAACUUCCCCAGCUGAUGCUUUGGAUUUUGUCCCCACAGAUACUUGCACUUUCCUUUUCUUGGUAAACAUUUUAAAAGGUAAGAAUUAAGGCCUCAUUAUUCCUAGGAUAAACUUACAAACACUUGUAAAAAACACAGUACCUCUACAAGUACUUAACAUGAAGUUGACUCUGACUUUACCAAUUUUUGUAACAAUUUUAUUAGCUGUUGUAAUUGGAGGUUGCAAUUGCAAGAUUGUACAAUUCAUCUUUGGAGACUCUCUUUCAGAUGUUGGCAACAACAACUUCCUCUCCAAAAGCCUUGCUCGCGCGAAUUUGCCAUGGUAUGGUAUUGAUUUUGGGACUGGAUUGCCUAAUGGUAGAUUUUGCAAUGGCCGUACUGUUGCUGAUAUAAUAGGUGAUGAAAUGGGGCUUCCAAGGCCACCAGCAUAUCUGAAUCAAUCGUUAACAGAAGAUGUUAUACUAGAGGACGGAGUCAAUUUUGCCUCUGGAGGUGGUGGCAUUCUAAACGAGACAGGCGGUUUAUUUAUACAGAGGUUUUCCUUAUACAAGCAAAUAGAGUUGUUUCAAGGCACACAGGAAUUAAUUAGAGAAAAAAUUGGAAGCAAAAAAGCUGACAUAUUUUUCCAACGAGCAAGAUACGUGGUAGCCUUAGGAAGCAAUGAUUUCAUCAACAAUUACUUAAUGCCUGUUUAUAGUGAUUCAUGGACGUAUAAUGACAAAUCCUUCAUCCAAUACUUAAUGGACACUCUCAGGUCACAGCUCACAUUGUUGCAUAGUUUGGGGGCUAGGGAGUUGAUGGUGUUUGGGCUAGGGCCAAUGGGUUGUAUUCCACUUCAAAGAGUUCUAAGUUCAGAUGGUCAGUGUCAGGACAAGACUAACCAGCUGGCACUUACCUUCAACAAAGCAACAGACGAACUUGUCGUGGAAUUGGCAAACACACUUCCAAAUGCCAGCUACAAGUUUGGAGAUGCUUAUGAUGUUGUUAACGAUGUCAUAACUAAUCCCGGCAAUUACGGUUUUAGUAACUCGGAUUCGCCAUGCUGCUCGUUUGGAAAAAUUAGGCCAGCAUUGACGUGUAAUCCAGCAUCGAUAUUGUGCAGCGACAGAAGCAAAUAUGUGUUUUGGGAUGAAUACCACCCUUCGGAUAGAGCUAACCAGUUGAUUGCUAAAGAGCUUAUUAAAAAACUCGGAUUUUUGAAGCCUAACCAGACAGAUAUUGCUUCUCCCCCUACACCAGCUUUGGGUCCUUCAUCCGAUGAUGACGGACAAUAGAGUUUUUUUUUUUUCAUAACACAUAAAUCGUAUUUUUUAAUUCGGUCAAGACCUAACAUUUUCGUCUUCUGUCUUUAGUGUGCACAAGUUAACAGGCAUGACAAGCGUGUCUACUUGUCAACUACAAUUAUGAUAUUUAAGAAGUCAAUUUGUAUACACCCAAAGUUGGAGGACAUAAAUAUCGAAUGACGCUAUUAUUAUUUUUUCUUUCA